GAGGCCAAGCGGAAGAGCAUCAUGAGCGGACAAGUCGGGGACCUGAGCCCACAGCAACAGGAGGCCCUGGCCAGGUUCCGGGAGGCCCUCCAGGAUGUGCUGCCAGCGCUGCCCAAGGCUGAUGACUACUUCCUUCUGCGCUGGCUCCGAGCUCGGAACUUUGACCUUAAGAAGUCGGAGGACAUGCUCCGGAAGCAUGUGGAGUUCCGGAAUCAGCAGGACCUGAACCACAUCCUUACGUGGCAGCCACCAGAGGUGAUCCAGCUCUAUGACUCGGGUGGUCUGUGUGGCUAUGACUACGAAGGCUGCCCUGUGUGGUUUGACAUCAUUGGGACAAUGGACCCCAAGGGGCUCCUGAUGUCUGCCUCUAAGCAGGACAUGAUCCGCAAGCGUAUCAGAGUCUGUGAGCUGCUUCAGCAUGAGUGUGAGCUGCAGAGUCAAAAGUUGGGCAGGAAGAUCGAGAGGAUGGUGAUGGUGUUCGAUGUGGAAGGGUUGAGCCUGAGGCACCUGUGGAAGCCAGCAGUGGAAGUCUACCAGCAGUUUUUCGCCAUCUUGGAAGCAAAUUAUCCUGAGACAGUGAAAAAUUUAGUUAUUAUUCGAGCUCCCAAGCUUUUCCCAGUGGCCUUCAACCUGGUCAAGUCGUUCAUGGGUGAGGAGACACAGAAGAAGAUAGUGAUUCUGGGAGAUAACUGGAAACAGGAGCUCCUCAAGUUCAUGAGCCCUGACCAGCUGCCUGUGGAAUUUGGGGGAACCAUGACUGAUCCUGAUGGUAACCCCAAGUGCCUGACUAAGAUCAACUAUGGCGGCGACGUACCCAAGCACUACUACCUGUGCCGGCAGGAGAAGCCGCACUAUGAGCACACAGUGGUGGUGGGCCGAGGCUCCUCCCACCAGGUGGAGAAUGAGAUCCUGUUCCCAGGCUGUGUGCUCAGGUGGCAGUUCUCCUCCGAGGGCGGCGACAUUGGCUUUGGGAUCUUCCUGAAGACCAGGAUGGGGGAGAGGCAGAAGGCCGGGGAGAUGGCAGAGGUGCUGCCCAACCAGCGCUACAACGCCCACCUGGUGCCUGAGGACGGGAGCCUCACCUGCGUCAAGGCUGGAGUCUAUGUCCUGCGCUUUGACAACACCUACAGUCUUCUGCACACCAAGAAAGUCGGCUAUACUGCAGAGGUGCUGCUCCCAGACAAGGCCUGCGAGGAGAAGUUGCAGGGCCUCAGGGCAACAAGCCCUCCUCCGGACCAGGAGGACACUGGCCGCCUCUGACCCUGCUCCACCCAACUCCUUCAUGCACCCCUGCCCCUCCCCCCCCCAGACAGGGCGGUGCUGAAUGUGGCUACAGAGAUCUCCAAUCCCCAUCUCCAUCUGAGCCUCCCCAUGGGACCCCUUAGACACAGUCCAGCACUUUCAUUCCCUGGACCUCGAGAACAGGGCCGAGGGUGACAGCGCACAUCCAUUAGGAAAAGGACCCUGCCCUUGCUCUUGUCCUCUUGAAGACACCCACCCACCAAGGAUUCAGCCAUGCCGGGUAUCCCAACUGGGAUCCAGUACAGGAGAGCCAUAUUCUGUUCGCCACAGGGAGUACAGCUGAGGGAUGGUUUUUCUCCAGCUGGAGGUCAGCAAGGCCGGAAGGGCCAGCUGGAAGCAGCUGGGGAGCCGGGGAAGGAGGAGCAAAGCCCCAGCUCCAGCAGAGCAGCAAGCCCUUUCUAAAUCGGGCUGCCUUUGAAAGGAAUGGCAGAAGUGGAGAGGCAGGGCAUGGCAGGGGAAUCAUCAGGGGAAAAGCCACACUUGGCUUUACGAGGCUGAGCGGGUUGUUGAAUCUAAUGACGAGACACACGCAUGCACACAUGUCCUCGUGCACCUCCCCCGCCCCCAGCCCACACACACAUGCUAGGAUCCUGCUAAUACUCAACCUUGACUGUUUCCUUUUUCUUCAGGCAGUUGCCCCUGCCAAGCCUUCUUCAAAUUCCCCAUGUAGCCCAGGCUGGCAUUGCAGUCUGCCUUCUUCAGUGUCCCGAGUCCUGGGUUUGCAGAUGUGCACCACUAGAACUGGCCAACUUUAGUUCUUUCUGGCCUGAGUGGAGCUCAGAACCAAAGCUAAGCUGCGGGGGAGAUAUUGGUACUGGGCACAGGGUGAAUUAUUCUGGAGGUUCAUCCUGGCUUCUAGCAUGCUUCUUGGAGAGCCUUCCAGCUUUCCAUACAUCUGCAUGUCUCUAAGGAGAGAGUUGGAAGGCAGCUACCAAUAUCCCUUCCCUGCGUGACCCAGGAGCUGGCCAGUGACUGUGUCUGCAUUAAUAUCUCAAAGGCUGGCCCUCCUGGCAUCCACAGGUACCCAGCCAGCCUACCAUUUCUCUGUUGGAUGGACUGAAACUAACCGAGCAAAUGUUACCAAGCUCGAACCAAUGCACCUUUGUGGAUUGGCUCAGAGAAGCCAUUACCUGGAGCCUAGGAGCCUGGGCUUUGCUGCACUGCUCUCUCCUGGACUUAUGGCUGGGACAGAAGACCUGUGUCCCACGCAGGGUAACCCAGACACUGGCUCAGGAUCACUGAUGUUGCCUUCUUUGUCCUCCUGUGCUGCUGGGCAAAAUGUCCCUAGAAGUGGAAUAGUAAGAUGUUCCUGGUAAGGGGGCCCUUGUUUCAAAGUGCUGUCAUCCUCAAAGCCUUGGCAGACGCCACUGUCUAGGCACCUUGCAAGCAAGAAGCCAUGCCCCGGCCCCUUUCCAGGUUCCAGAUGCCAUCAUUUGAUUUUCUCUGCGUGCUAGAUGUCUUCAUUAUCGAAGACAUUUUAAUGGAAAAAAGUGAUAAGCCUUGAAGAUGAGGGAGGAGGCUCUUCAGGGCAGCCCCUAGCCACUGUAUCUGGACCACUUACAGCUAAGGCUUAGAGUCUUAGGCAGGAAUUGCUCAUGGCACUGCCUCUUGGCAAUACCUGCCUAAAAUCAGCCUAAGCAGAUUGGCAAGAGGGAAAAAAAUUGUACGGUUUUGCUGGAUCCCAAGAGCCUGGGACUGUCAGGCAAGAGUCAGAAGGCAUUUCCAAGUCCAGGGCUGCUCCUGCACUCUGAGCCCCUCUUGUCUCCCUCCAUCUUCUUGCUGGCAGACCAAAAGAGUUGUCGCUGUGGUUA